AUGGGAAAAUUAUUACUUCAAAGUGUCAAUAGCGUAAACAAACCAAUCCCAAAAGUAACGAAAGAAAAAACGUUGAAGCAGCAAGUUUUGACAGAGGAACCUUUUGCACGUCUUUUCCGUAUUAGGAAAAACCGAAAUGACCAGCAUCAAGAAGUCGGGGAACCAACAGAUGAGAUAAAAAUUUGUUUGAAAUCAGCAUGUCAAUCCCCUGAGCAACGAAGUAAUGAUACAAAUGGUAAAAUUGAUUUGUCAGACUGUCGUCUCGGCCAAGACAAAAAAACCCGGUGGGACAUAAAUAGUACAUCAGAAAUUUCUAACGAGAGCCCCUGUGGUGAUUUAUUACUGCCGUGGAUCAAACAUGAGGUCCAGUUUGAUAAUGAGGAUGUAGACAUGGAUAAGUCGGACGAUGAUAGUCACAGCUUUUCAGAAUCGCUUCAGUCAGAUGACGAUGUUCUUGGUCCAUGGAUUGAACUUGGUUUAGUUGAAUCUAAUGAUUAUUCUAAAAAGAAAGAUCCAGUCAAAUAUCAAGACUGUCAAGACUGUAUAAAAAUUAACGAAAAUCGGCAGCCUCUGGAGCCUGGAAGUUCUUGUACUAGGUGUAGUUUACAAUGGCAGUGCCUUAUUCAAAAACUAAUAACAGCAAUGAGCGAAGCCCCUGUUGCUACAGUUAAGAAAAAAUAUAAGAAACAAAGUAAAAUAACAAUCGGUCGCAACGUUAAAGAACAUCAAUUAGCCGAUGAUGCCGUAUCAGUACAAGGGACUAUAAGCAGCAAUAAAAAAGUAAUAACACCAAAGAAAGCAAGUAGAAAAUAUACCAAACCAGUUAUUCCCCCCACCAAAUCACGCCAUUCGCAAAAAACAAACUUUAAAAUGUCUCAUUUUACCACCGGUGCAUUUAUGACUCGCAAAACUGUUAGGACCUUAGCAGAUCCAGAACACGGAUUCUAUCCUAAUACACAUGGUUUUGUUUAUGGGCAGAACGUAGAGGUUUUAAACAUCAAUGGCUAUUGGUAUCCAGGGACCUUACAAAUGAUGGACAAAGGGAAAGUCAAAGUUGUAUAUGAUGAUUGGGACGAUCAGGAUGAAUGGAUUAUUAUGGGUAGCAGAAGAUUGCGUGUCUCUACACAAAACGACAAUACUACAUUAGAAUCACAGAAGACAAAAAAUGAUUCGAUUGCGUCUGAAACCAUUGAUGUCAUCCAUUUCGAAGAUGGAGCUCCAACUAUUCCCACGACAUGCGCCAAAGCAGACGAUGAUUACGUCAACUCAACUCUAGACAAAGACCCUUCUCAAAUAUUUAAUGAUAACGAAGUAUUUAUGACUCGCAGUAUGGCUCGUGGUCUAGUAGAUGAACAUGGGUUCAAACCAAACUCCUUUGGAUACCGUCGGAAUCGUGCAGUUUCAAUUACAUUUUACUCAAAGCAAAACGGAAGCCGUAAGAUGAGACAAGAAUCUGUUGGUUAUCUUCGAGAGAUGCAUCAGAACCAAGUUCGAGUUUGGUAUCCUGAUUUACACCAAUCUGAGUGGAUACCGGUUGGGAGCCGUAGAUUAAGAGUGAUGACCGAAGAAGAGGAGAAGAAUAUUUUGUCGAAUAGUAGCAUUGAUUUUAGUGUUCAAGAAGUUCCACCAACUGUAAAUACGCUCAAAGGAAAAGAAAAAGAAGAUGAUACAGCUUCCAUAAUGCCUCUCAACAAAAACGCAAACAUACCACGCGUCAAUUACCUUAAAAAAACUAACGAUAACGGAACUACUCCAGCUUCUGCGGUUAAGUCAGCAAAGGAAAACACAUCAGAUGAUAAUGUGGCCACUAACAAUGAAUUUUUGACUACUGGUGCAUUUGCAACGAGAAGGGCUAUGCGACAAUUAAAGGACAAAAACGGAUUUACACCCAAUCCCUAUGGAUAUACAAAUGGUCUAGCUGUUGAAGUACUAAAUACUCGUUCUGGAAAGACAAAGUUUUGGGAAUGCGGAAAAUUGGUAGCUAUGCGACCAGGUCAUGUUCGUGUACAUUAUGAAGGGUGGGCUGAUAUUUACGAUGAGUGGAUUAUGGUGGGAAGUCGUAGAAUCCGCGUUUCAAAUAGUGUAGAGCUAGAAAAGCAAUCUGAAGAUGGUGCAUUUGAUAUCAAAAAAGGUCUUAAAAGUAACGAUCUAUUGGUUGCAGAAUCCAAUCCUGAAUUAGUGGAUGAAUCGAAAAGAAAUCACAAGCAUCAAAUUGUGAGACCACAGGAUUAUCAAGAUCUAGGAAUGCUUGUAAAUAUCGAAGAAUUAGCCGUUAAAGAAGCCCAGAAAAAGGAGCGGCGGGGUGAAUACUUACCUGAACUACAAAAUCCAGCCCCCAAAAACUUUAAAAAGAAAACGCAGCGGCUCUCUACAAAAAAGAAACAUCAAGUGGUAGCCAGUAAUUGCACUACGUCUUGUGCCAAUAACCCAUUACAAUCUGAUAACGACGAUAGUCCAGCAAAUAAUAAGCAGAUAAUUUCUCUUCGAUUGGCACAAGCAGAAGCAUCAAAGAAUUACAAAUUUGUUGCCAAUGUUUACGGAUACGAUUAUAUGCAGCAUGUUACGGUACUACAUUUGGACAAAAAGCUUUAUGAAGGAAGACUAGUCUCUAUGCAUAAAAACAAAGUGAAAAUACAUUAUUGCGGAUGGCUAGAUUCCUUUGAUGAAUACAUUACUCUUGGCAGUAGAAGGUUACAAGCAAUUGAGAACGAUCACGAAGUGCAAUGCAUUGAACCCAAUUACCAGCAACGUUACGAGCAAAUACUUACGGAGAAAGCUCAAAUGACUUCAGAGGACGCAACUACUAGCCUGGAAAAUAUUGCCACUACAUCUACACAACCCUUAAUUAAUAGAUUUAGCCGAAAAAGAUUGACUUUAGAUGACAUAGACUCAGAAUCCGAAUUUAAGGAAAAUGAUAUUGAAUAUCAUAAAGAUCCUACUGAUGCCAAUACAGAAAGUAAGUUUCUUUUUUUAUUUACAAAGACAGAUACCUGGAAAGUUUACUGCAACCAAUGCAGCGUUGUUAUCAAACAGUUUCGCUAUUAUUGCACAUAUUGCGAGACCCCUUCCGUUGGACAUGAUUACCAAAGUUUUGAACUCUGUCUCAGAUGUUUCGAUCAAAACUUUCCAUUUUGGCAUGAGCAUCCACGAUCCAGUUUUGCAAUUCAGGCUGUUAUUGAUACCGAAAUUGGGCCAAGACCAAUAAAAGGAGAGUUGAUCACUGUAUGGGAAGAAGAUAUUUUGGAAAUACUCCCCAACAAAGAUGAGACAAUUAUUGUCUUUACAGGAAAUAUCCCAAUUGAUACAGAUCAAGGUUAUAAAUAUUUGAAGAGAUGGAAACGCCGUAAAUUAUGCGCAUUCUGUAAUGAUGACGAUGAUACCUCUAAAGAGCUAGGGAGUUUUAUUGGCCCUUUUGUUAUUGCAACAUUCAACAAGAAUGGCGUUGAAAAAAAGAGAUCGUUCUGGGCUCAUGAUUCCUGUGCAAGAUAUUCACCUGAAGUUUUUUGUACGCCUGAAGGGAAGUGGUAUAAUGUAACAUUAGCGUUAAGACGUGGCAGAGGCAUGCGAUGUCAUGGAUGUAAAGAAAAAGGCGCUACUAUAGGUUGCUUCGAAUCCAAAUGUAAUAAGAGUUUCCAUUUACCAUGUUCUCAAAAGCCAGUAAGUUACUUCCAAAACGGCGUCAUAUUCUGGUGCGGAAUACAUGAAGCUUAUUACAACAAAAAAGAUACUUAUGUCAAUAUUUUUAAUUGUGAUGGUUGUAAUAAAAAACUAGUCGAUGAAUCAUGGUUUACUUGCGUGCCUUGCGCAUCCAGUUACUUUUCAUCAUUUGAUCUCUGCUCAGAGUGUUACGAAAAUUUUCCAGCUGACCAUGAUCACAAUGAGGACGAAUUUGAAGAAACAUCAUUUGCCAUAUUAAAAGAAAUGGAAGCACAAAAAGCCACCGAAGCAGCUCGUGCAAAAGAAGAUAUAAGAGCUGCAAAUGCAAAGAAGAAGAAAAAACCACUUUUUCCUCGUCGUAGGAGAAAACUUGCAGAUGGUUCAACACCUGUCUCUUGUUGUUACUGUGGAACUUAUGAUGCCGAUACUUGGAGAAAAGGUUACGAUGGCGGUGUAAUUAUGUGUAACCCAUGCUUUGAAUUGGCGUUGUUGAUUGAUAAUGAUGGAAGACCAGGCGAGGAAAACAUGCCACUUGUGAUAGAUAAUAAUACUAUAGAAUUUGAUAAAAAACAAAAUCAACAACAUAAAUAUGUAGCAUCUAUAGAAGACUACUCACAUAAACCGUAUCUUACCAGAGAUACAUUAUCUGCGACGAAAUUUAGUGAUUCAUCAACCGGACAGAGGCUUGCUUCUUAUGAGCCCCAACCUAACCAGCUUUUUUCACUGACAUUUGACUCAACUUAUUUCGAUAUACCAGGACGUGCUCCACGUUGGGCAACUCAUUCGGGAACGGAUUAUCAUGGAACAUGGUUACCGCAAACGGUUCGAAGGGCAAUUUUGAAAUAUACUAGUAAGGAUGAAAGGGUCCUAUCAAACUUUUUAGGAAGAGGAACGGAUGCCAUUGAAUGUUUUCUAUUACAAAGAAGAUGCUGUGGUGUAGACAUAAACCCUGCCGCGGUGGCUUUGUCACAACGAAAUUGUUGCUUCGAGAUCCCCCCAGGCUUGACAUCGGCCGAAUAUCGACCAAUUGUAGCACAAGCAGACUCUCGUAACUUGUCUGGCUCUCUUUUUGCUGAUGAAUCUUACCAUCACAUCUUAUCACAUCCACCUUAUAAAGAUUGUGUAGCCUACUCUACACAUUUGGAAGGCGACCUCUCCAGAUUUACAAGCGUUGAAGAUUUUAAAAAAGAGUACACAAAAGUGGUCAAAGAGAGUUGGCGAUUAUUAAAAAUGGACAGAAGAUUAACCUUAGGCAUCGGAGAUAAUCGAGAGCAUUGCUUUUAUAUACCAGUUGGGUUCCACUUGAUACGUCUUUACAUUGAUCAAGGUUUCGAACUCGAAGAAUUAGUAAUAAAAAGACAGCGAUAUUGUUCAGCUUUUGGUCUUGGGACGUAUCUUUGCGUGCAAUUUGAUUUUUUGGUGUUCACUCAUGAAUUUAUUGCAACGUUUAAAAAGGUACCAAAAGAAAAUACAGACAAAAUGGCUAUUUCAAAGGAUAAUGAAUCCGAUGUUCUUGAAAUGAAUCGUACGAUGCAUGGUGUACCAUCGUCUGCCAUUAUGAGAAAAAGUGUAGUAAUGGGGACAGUCUGGGUUUUUAAGCCAACGGAGGAGUACCGAUUUGAAAAAUUGUGUAUAUCACGUAUGGUCGAACGGUUUGGAAAAGAUGAUGGUAACUGGGAACACAUUGAAUUAUUACUUGAGGUAAGUAAUCUAUUUGAUAAAGAAUAUGCUUCCGAAAAGGAAGAAACUCCUACCAUCGGCGAUGAUAAUCCUUUAUCAGAAUACGAACAGCAAAGACUGAGUCGUAUUGAAGAGAACAACAAAACUUUAUUAAAACUAGGAUUAAUUUCAGAGCUAAGUGAAGAGUCAGAUGAUGUAAUUCAUUACGAGACAAUGAUGAAUAAAGCAGUUUAUGAAGGCGGCGAUUUGGUACUGAUGAUAACAUGCCAUCGAAGCGAUCUUUUGCCUGAUAAAAUCAACAGUUACAGACGAAGUAUUGUCAACUUAGCCAUAGAAGCGACGUCAAAACUAGCACCAAAAGGCAUGUUUAUUGUUGGUACUCAAGACAUUCGUGAUUCUUACACCGGCAAGUUAUGGCCCAUGACGAUGCUUAUCUUAGAAGACAUUGAAAAGGAAGUGGGUAGAAACACGAUAAAGCUGAAGGAGAUGGUGGUCACUGUUCCAGACGGAUAUUCGAAAGACCGGAAACGUGACUUUGUUGAAGUUGAGAUGGUUGAAGAAGAAGAAGAGGAUGUCAUUGAUAUUGAAACAGUGAACCAUGAUUACGUGCCAAUUGUUCAUGCCGUUUAUUUAAUAUUUCAAAAGUUUUAA